AAAAACGUAAUAUUAAAUUUUUAAAAGGAGAAAAAGGAAAAAAAAAAAUAUUUGAAAAACUUUUUUUGAUUGCGAACAAUUGAUGAUAGCAAGCAAUGAUUGUUAAGUGUAAAUUUAAUUGUGAAAUGAUUUUUGUUAUUCUCUUAAUUAUCCUGUUGCUGAUAAGAAUUCAGGCACAAUCACCCAAACGGGACAAUAAAUAUCCACCAAAGGAACUCAUUACAAUGGCUAAACCGUUUCAUGAAGCAUGUGUAAAGCAAACUGGAGUAACGGAAGAGGCAAUUAAGGAAUUCAGCGAAGGAAAUAUCCAUGAAGAUGAGGCUUUGAAAUGUUAUAUGAAUUGUUUUUUUCAUGAAUUGGGUUUGGUUGACGAUAAGGGCGACGUUCAUUUGGAAACUUUACGUCAAAGUAUGCCUGGAUCUUUUGUUGAUCUUAUAUUAAAACCAGCUCAGCAUUGUGUUCAUCCAGAAGGUGAUACACUCUGCCAUAAGGCCUGGUGGUUUCAUCAAUGCUGGAAAAAAGCCGAUCCAGUUCAUUAUUUUCUCUUAUAAAAAUGUUAAACUUAUUGUCUUUGUUGUUUUCUGUAUAAUAAAUAUUCCCUUCCAUAAUGAAUGUAAAAUUUUUGCAUGCAAAUUUUAUGACAAGUGCGUGCAUAGUGCCGUCAUUUCAACGCACUCCUCCACCACGGUCCAUUUUCAUAAGAGAGCCAUUUCAACUGAAUGAUUGCUGUCACGAAUAGUUUGUCUUUACCUGAUUUGUGUUUUUAUGUAGAAGUUUGGAAGAGUGAACUCAUCUACCAAGUCGACAAGUGCUGUCUGAGAAUAAACUAAAACGAUACUCAAUCAACUUUGAAUGGAUUUGUCGGUAACAAUUGGCCAUAGCAGGAAGCACACCUCAAAUCCGAUAUUCAAUCUCCAAAUGACGAAGUACUUCCUACCCCAUAUUCAAAUCAUCUACGGAUACUAUGUUCUGUGAAUAAAGCGACUAUCAUGUGUAUGGCAAACGCAAUUCCGUCUGGUGGAGGUGUGCG